UAUUGCCAUGCGAAUCUAGCGCAUACUGUGUCAUACGCCGGAAAUAACAUCUGGUCAUCAAGUUAGCGACAUAGUUCACUGAUCCUUUUGUGACGACCAAAGGUUCUUCACGAUUUUUUUUGUUCCGGUGGUCCAUUUAACGAAGACAUGACAGACCGGCAAGAAUGUACAGCUUGAAAAGAAACAACACCACCGCGCCCGCAAAAGAUGGGUAUUCGAUCAAGGCCUGACUUUUCAAUCGACAAAUCAGACUGGAAAUUACCGGUCCAACUCUCCAAGAUAGGCGAUAAUCCGCCAAUCCAUUGUGAGACUCGACAAGAACUUUGUGAAACUUUGCCUUAUUUCCGGUCUUUUCAAGGGGGCCACUACACAUGCAAGGGAAGGACCAUCUCGUACCUAUUAGAUGGGACACCUUCCCCGCGUGAUGUUUUCGAAGAUCAAGGCAGGAUAAUCAUAAGCCAUGGUGGAGGUGGCUCGAAAAUUAUGACUGGAAACGAAAUUGCACAGCAGUCUUUGCAUACAGAUAAUUCUACGAAGAGUAGCCACAAGAAAAGACUAGUUUUCUGCAAGUCCCAAAGCAGAACUGGCUUCCGAGUCCAAAGCUUGAUGAAUUGUAUGAAUCAUGACAUCCCGGUGGUCUUGCUGGCAGGUAAGAAAUACUCAAUGAUGCCUUGGCUAAAGGAGAGAGACGACAUCGGGUAUGUUGUCCUCGGUCAUUACCUUGUGACGCACUCUUGGGCCGAGAAAGAAAUUGAUUCAGACUUUCCGGGACGGACUUGCGUGCGUAUGAAGUUCCGCUUUCAAUGGAUUUCAUCCCAGGGUGAUCCCUGGUGGUUAUGCGACAUCGAAAGAUACGAAAGAAAUGUGAUGGUCGCACUAGAAGAUGCACGAAUAGUUUUGAAUGACCAGUUUGCUGGGACAGAAUCUUCAGAGAUACCGGGCUCCCAGGCUGAUUUGGAAAUAGAUCAAGCCGAAGGAAUGGAACCUCUGACGAUGUGCUUCUCAUUGGAAUUGAGGCCUCACAAUUCCAAGUAUCUUGAUGAUGAAAAAGGGGCUGAGAUACUUACAUCAUCAGGAUCGUUGGAGGAUAUGAGUACGGAAGAAUUAUUAGCUCUUCCGCCGCCACAUGUAGACGAACUUGUAACUUCAGCUUCACAUCUCCAAGUCAAGAUAUCAAAAUCCAUGAGUCGCGUUCUGCACGAUAUUUGGGCAACUUCUGAAUUGCAGGACC